AUGGCUCGGUCAUGUGCUACGCAUGCCAAAACACCGUCUACCGAAAUGAGCGUUGCUCUCAGUGCCUCCUUCAGAAGGGCGCAAACCGCGAGUUGGACAACGCAUGAGUUGGCGGAAAAGAGGAAAGAGAUCAUGAAGAGUUUAGGUGUUGUUGGUGUUGUACGCCUUCCAGGAUGGGGUCCCCUACGUUCCAAUAAAUGGCGGCUAAUCGAUGUCAGUGACCUUCGUGCUGUCAGUUUCUUUCCAGAUUGUCUGAUUGAGCAGUUGGGGGUGCUUGAGCAUCCUAUCAGUAUCACAACUCUCGUGCUUCCUUCGGGUGGGAGGCAGGGUGCUACAGCUGAAUUAUUUUAUUGUUUUGAUACAUCCGCUUCAGCAUCACUUGUGCGAAACAUGUAA